GGGGGGGGUGGGUUGUAGAAGUUGAGAGCUGAUUCUCUCCCUCUUCGCGAGGCUCUUCUACGGCAAACUCGAUUCAUCACUUUUCUUCCAUUAAUCCUUUGUUUGAGCUUGGAUAUUGGUUUCUUUACUUCCUAAUCUUAUUUGGGGUGUAAAUACUCCAAUUUUUGAGCUCGUUUUUUUGGGAUCUCUGGACCAUUUUCACUCAAGAACUCACUCGGAAUCAUUCACGCCGAUUCUUGGGCUGUCUGAAAUCGAUGGUGGAUUUUCACUUCCUCUUGCAAUCUGAGGUCGAAAUCACUUGCUAAACUAAAUCCGUACUUGGAUUUUAACUUCGAUGGCUGAUUUUGCCCAAAGCUGUACGACCUACUUUCUGGAAGAUUGGAGUAGCACGGGCGAGCUCUGAAACGUCCUUGUUUGUUGCAUCGAUUGUUCUAUUGGAGAUUGGGGUUCGUUUUCUGCACAAAAGCAAAACGUGUGCUGCGUUUUUUUCUGCUGUUUGGGGUUCGGUUCUGCGCAAGUGGAUUUAAGCAGGGGUUCGGUUUUGCUGGUUGUAAGCAACUGCUAUGGGGCGGAAGUUGCAGGGGUCAGGGGAUUUCUGGUAGUGGCCGAUUGGGGUUACUCUGUCCGCUAUUACCUGAAGCGUGCACCCCUGUCUAAAAUCUGCAUAUGCUGCUGAAGUUUGAAACUUGGGGUUUGAUUUUGGGAACACUCUGCUGCAGCCUGUAAUGGGUCGUACGAAGCAAGGGGGUGGGGAUGCCUCCAAAACACGAUUUACCAGGUCCAGUUUUGCUGCUUUAGAGGAUAGGGAUGAAGAAUUUCCUGUUUUGAAAUCUGGAAAUGUAGUGCCACUAAUGAAGAACAGGGAACCUGCUAGAAUUGCUAAACAACCGGACAUAGGGAUUUCUGGAAUUGCUGCUAACUGUAUUGAACCAACACCAAUUGUGCAACCUGCUGCUUCUGCAGGUCUUGGGCUGGAUACUGCUGAAAACUAAGCAGCUUCUCCCACGGGCAGAUAAGAUGGCUUCUGGGAGUGUUGUAGCUAUUGACUUACCUUUUUCUGGGACAUUGGCUCCGGUGCCACAGGCAGAGGCUAAAACUUGGAAGACCUUGUUUAAGGAUAAUCGGGACCCUAAACAUGGCUUUAAACUAAGAUAUGUCCCCCCGAAAGGUGAGACAUUGGACUUUGGUGAUCGGGAAUUACCCACUAUGGUUGAUAUGUGGGGUUACUGUCUAGUUGGACACUUCACGGGAAGCUUUCCCGGGCUCAAAGCGGUCCAUGAUCUUAAAGCUACAUGGGGAGUUAAAUGCCUUGUGAGAUCCCACAAGAAAGGUUGGUUAAUAUUUAAAUUUCAAAGUGAGGAGGAUAGAUCGAAAGUACUACGUGAGGGACCUUACACUGUAUUUGGGAAACUCCUAAUGCUCAAGGAACUUUCGGAAAAUUUUUCAUUUGAGGAUGAGGAAUUUCUAAAAGUACCAAUUUGGGUUAAGUUCCAUGAUUUACCAAUGCAAUUAUGGAAUGAUGAGGCAAUGAGUGAGGUGGCAUCCAUGGUUGGGGUCCCGAUAACUACGGAUAAGAUCACCAAAGAGAGGAUUAACAAUGACUAUGCUAGAGUGUUGAUUGAAGUUGAUGCCUCAAAGCCACCGCCAUUAUCUUUUCCUAUACGACUACCUUCCCAUAAGGUAUUCAAACAAAGCGUGGUCUAUGAAACCUUUCCUAGUUAUUGUUUUCAUUGCAAAGAAUUUGGGCAUCACCCAUUUAUUUGUAAUAAAUUAGCUAAUCGGGAUGAUGAGGGGAAUAAUGGAAAGGGAAAACAGGUUGUUGAUUGCAUUGAAAACAAUGAAAAAAUUGGGAAGCCUACAGUGAGCUCUGUUCUGCCAGCAGUGCCUGCCCAGCCGGUAAACCAGACCGGGUGCCCUAUUGGCCCGACCGGGUCUCAGAUGAUGACUGCCCAGCAGAAGCCCAAAUUGCCUGCCAAACUGAUCGGGUCUCAGUUAAACCCGACCGGGUCUAAACCUAACCCGACCGGGCUGCUGCGGCAGAAUGCUUCUGGGGCUACUACAGGGGAUGCGCCACACAUUCAAGGGUCUUCCGACUCUAAUGAGAAUUCUGAGGCCAUUUUGGAAGAAACGGAGAGGAUAGUUACGAAUGAGAAGGAGAUGCAUCAAUACGAUGUUGUCGUCAAAUGUGAGGUAAUAAAUGAUAAGACACUCAAGUUGUUUGUCAAACCAUUUAGAUUUGUGCAAGCUAGCGUGAUUAGAGUGGAUACUUCUCUACGACUUACGGAUGAUUUGGAUAGAAAGGGCCUAACUUUCACCGCCAAAUGUUUUGAGGGUCUACCGGGAGUUACUAAGAAGAAAGGGGAGGUUUGCUUUGACUCAAAGUUCACUACUCCUUUCCGAUCUUUCUUUGGAUGUUAAAUUAGGGAUACCUAAUUUUUUUGUUGACGUAGUGUUGUUUGACUGUUUUGGGUGAAUUUAUGAGAUUGUGAGUCUUGAUUUUGUGGUAUCCCGCAUAUUGGGAUAUGCACUUUGAUUGUACACAUGAUUUAUUUGUGAGGUGGGGUCUGUCCCAUUAUUUGAUGCAUUAUAUCUAGGUUAGUUUAUUCUAGCUUAGAUAGUCUUUUUGAUUUGGAUUUGACGCAUUGUAAAAUGCUAUUUUUUCGAUCUCUAAUAUACUUACAUGUUAUCGUCGA